ACUUCACUGCUCGCUCUCCGUCUGUCCCGCACUCGGCCAUCUCCGGAGAGUUCGGCUGAGAGCGGCGUCUGACGGAGAGGCGCCAUCAUGGCAGACGCCGUCGAUAUAAGCGAGGACACGAUCCAGAUUAUCGCCGUGAAGAGAGAAACCGGACUGGGCCUGAGCCUCAUGAAAGGCGUUAGCACAACCGAAGGACCCUUAAUCCAGAUUAAGCAUCUUAUUCCUGGCGGAGACUGUCACAAGGAUGGACGAUUAAGACCCGGAGACCAGCUCCUCUCUGUGAAUAAGGAACCGCUAGUUGGCGUCUCGUGCCAGGAGGCAAAAAGCAUAUUAAAUAGAGUAAAAUUAAGGCACAGUGUCAGCAACAAGCUAACCGACUGCAAAGACGUCUUCUUACACCAGACGCCACUAGCUUGUGACCUACCUAGCCACAGUGGAUGUAUAACGGAGCGGCGUACAGUAGCCCCUGCAGAUGGGAGUAGGUCGGACGUGUGUGUGUCAGUUCCUCUUCACGGACGCAACCUGCAAAGGCCGAUUUCUCUCACUUCUGGGGUCCGACUCAAAGUAGAAAAACUAGAGAUGGCUCUCGGGUAUCUUGGUAUUACCCUGACCGAAGGAACAGAAGCAGCUGAUAGAAGCCACAUGGACCUGGAUGCCCACCAGACAGUGUGUUUUGGAGACUUUGUUCAAGCGGCCAAAGAGAUGUUGAAGCUGCAGUUAGAAGAUUCCGAUUUUGGACCGUACAUCAUGACGGAUGACUCUGACGACACACGCUCUGUAGAUGACGUCACAAGUCAGGCCCGUUCAAUUAAUCUGUCUGACGCAGAUGACCUAAAUCACCUGAGGAGAGACAAGGAUGAACUAUAUGACCAGAUACGAAUUCUGCAGGAGCAGCUCUUAGAAUCUGAAAGGCGCAACAGUCAGCUUUCUGCCGAGCUUUGUAAUGUGCAAAAGGAAGCCAAGGCGGCCAUUGAUGAGACCAGAGCGCUUCGGAACAGAAUUCACCUAGCAGAAGUGGCGCAGAAACAAGCACGCGGCAUGGAGGUGGACUAUGAAGAAGUUAUCCGUCUUCUGGAAGCUGAGGUCAUGGAGCUCAAAGCCCAACUCUCUGAUCAUUCUGGUCCGGCUCAUGACUGCAUUCAGGAUUUGAAACGCAGGAUCACAGUCCUUGAUUGUCAGCUCCGCAAGUCGGAAACCGCACGAAAGGCGUUUGAAAUGUCGACAUUGAAGCUGCUGCAGUUUGUGGAGAAUACGCAGGAGGUGCUGGUAGACAAUUCAGGCUCCACAUUAAGUCUUUGUGAUCAUGCACCAAUGUUGGCUUCUCAAGUAAAAACUCUGGGGAAGAAUAGACUGGGCGUCAUGGCGGCUUUAGCAGCAGAAGCCAAGGAGCUGUCAGUAUUUGUCCGGUCACUAAUAGAAGCGGAUUGUCUUCCUUAUGGAUGGGAAGAAGCUUACACAGCCGAUGGUAUCAAGUACUUUAUUAAUCACGUUACAGAAGCCACAUCAUGGACUCACCCCGUCAUCAGCGCAUUGAACCAGAGCAGCCUGGAGGAUGAAGCUGAGGAUAGCCCUAGGGAUUUCUUGGAGCUGGCUAGCUGUUGAAGUGUCCCCUUCUGAUCUUUACCACAGGGUCACUUCAGGCGUUUGUCUAUUGGGGUCAGUUGUACAAUUGUAUAUAUUAUUGACCUCUUAAGAUGUUCUACUUCUAAAUUUAUAUGGGAAUGUAGCCAUAGUGCAGUAUUAGAGGACAGAAGCCAUGUUCUCACCCUUCUGCCUGCCUGAUGCUGUAGUAUUUCAAGUUAUUAAUAUGUGCUAAAUGUAUAUAAAUCUGGACUAUUUGUAUGAAUUGCUGCCUUCAUGUAGGCUGUAGAUAUGCUGAGAAUGUCACCAAUACUUUAUAAACUCUCUUAUAAAUCAUUGAUUAUCCUGCCUGGUUGUGUCCAAAGCUCACACCAAUGUCAUCUCCUCCCACAUCUCUGUGACAUUAUAGAAGAUCAUUUUUGACUCAGUUUCCAAUUUUACAUCAUACUGCAAAUGGGGAGAACAUUGAUUGACAGGCGGACUGCUGCAGCAUUUACCUGUUUAGGUGCCACGAUCAAUACGGCAGGAGUCUUGUGGGGCUGCCACUGAUUGUAAGGAUGACCACUCAGCGUUCCCUCAUGUUGCCAUUCCAUACAGCGAUAUGGGAGCACCAGACAUAGCCAAGCACUUGUAAUCCCUGUUCUCGUGAUCAGCAGUAGCCCCAGCAGUCGGACCCCCAGCGAUCAGACACUUAUCCUGUGGAUAGGGAAUAAGUGUAAUUGGAGGACCCCUUAAAGGGGAUGUUCACAGGGGUGCACCUAGCCUUUCUGCUGCCUGAGGCAAAAACUGAAACAGCGCAUCCACCCCCCCCCCCCCCCUUCCCUGCCAAUUUCUUAACCUAACCCCUUCCCGUCAGCUCAUGGCCCUUCGUCUGCCCCUACCUCCUGCUGCCUGAGGAGAUCGCCUCACCUGGCCUCAUCGGUGGUGCACCCCUGGAUGUUCAUAUGUAGCAGAUAAGCUGUGGAUUUGCAUGCAGCUUGUACAGGAGGAAAGUGGAUUUUGAGAAAUCUCAUCUAUACGCUGUGAAUAAAAAUCCACAUCUUAA